GAUCGUUAAAGUGGUAGCAACUCUUUCUUUCUCUCCAGCAGCAAUAGCUGAGAGAGACCCUACUGUUAUUUAGGUGAACACCAGCCCAACCGCCUAAAUCGGUGCGUUGCGAUCUUCCCGGUGUUGUGCAGAAUAACGCGAUCGUGGUUAUUUUUAUUUUUGUCCAUCUACCUAACCGUGGGAAGCAGCGAGACCGGGUAGUCAGUGUUGGAGAAGUAGUUCUAUUAAAGUGUUUGUCGUCAUUAGUAUGUUGAUUUUUCGCUUGGAUGCUGUUGAUUGUUUGAGCGAAUUCAAAAACAUUCCAGCAGAGCAGUGAGGAGUAAUGAUCGUAGAAAAUAUCUGUUUGAUGUCACAGUUUCGUUGCUGUUUAAAUUAGUUGCUUUAGCUCAACAGAGUGGUGUCAUCGAAAUUUACAACAGUUGCUCAAUCCCAAGACGCAUUGUGUUGGUCGUGUUAACACAUAAUGCAAACAGCUACAGGAAGCGAUAUGAUUGUUGAACAAAAGUGUCACUGAUGCUCUAUGCGGUAGUUGAGUGCAGCUUGGAAAGCAAACCAUAAAGCGCAACGUGUGUGUUUCAAAACAUUUACCUUAGUAGUGCACAUAACGAUAAUCAGGAAAAAUGAAGCGAAUUAGCUUGGUGGUUUUGUUGGCGCUAGGGUUCCUAGAGGUCACAGUAACCGGAAGUGACCAUCAGCAGCCGCCAACCAGCGGUUCCGGCGGUGAGAACCCAUUCCUGAAAUAUCUAUUCAACAAGUAUGGCAGCAAAGGAGUCAUCUCAUUCGAGGGCCUGGAACACCUGAUGCACAGUCUUGGACUGGGAGGGUUGGAGUUUACCCCUUCGCACACGCUGGACGAGCAUCGACCCCAAGGAUUCAAAACGUCGGACAUUGUGGCUCCAUUUACGGUCGAUUACAGCGAAAGUGGUCCAGAACAUCACAAGUUGUCCGUUUCGUUCAACAGCAUCGAUGACGAUCACGUAAGAUCGGCCAAGAAAGACGUCACCACAGCGGCAUCCCCCGAAAGGAACAGACGCGCAGAAUCUCAUUAUCACCACCAACAGCAAGAGCCGGACAGCUCAGAUCGGAUAAGGAAAUUCAACGAACUACCGGGGGUGAAUGAUGCCAAUGAGACUAACGCCGCCAAUGACCAUGCAGGCGACGUGAUCUCGUCGGAGAGUGGCGAAGAUAACAACAAGUUCCACAAUGAUAUAUGGCAGGAAACUAUCUUUAAAGAGAUUCACGAUCCACUGCAUCGUCAUCCGCGUCGGGACGAUCGUCGCAAAUCGUGCCUGUCACCUAUGUCCAUGGUGCAUCUGAUUUUGGACGAACCUGCAAACAGUGAUGAAGUUUUGCAUCAACACUUCAAGUACGACAUGGCCCUGGGUAUGCGUCAUCGCCGGUCACUACCGCAUGCACAUCCCCAUGACCAAGACGAGGAAGAGGUCCUUGCCACUCGUAUCAAAAUUACUCCGUCGACGUUCAAAGAUCUCUGCCCGGCGCUGUUAGCACAGAUCGACCAGCGGGCUUGCAAUGAAAAGUAUCAAACCAAGGAUCAACCACACGUCGAGAAGAAGCUGUUCUCUUACGCCUGGCUGUAUGCAACCGUCUGUGUCUUCAUCAUAUCCAUCUGUGGACUGAUUGGGGUUGCGAUCGUCCCUCUUGCCAAAUCGGUUGCUUAUGACGAAAUUCUAAGGUUCCUUGUAGCGCUGGCAAUCGGCACCCUUUGCGGAGACGCACUAAUGCAUUUGCUUCCCCACGCACUGAUUCCCCAUGAAGACCACUCCAGUGCAGACGACCACGGCUACGACGAUGACGAUCAUUCGCAUAGUAACGAGCCCGUUUGGUUGUGUUGUUGUGCCUUCCUCAGUGCGCUGUUCAUGUACACUUUGGAGACGGUACUUCCGAUGUUGCGAUCGGCAGGAGACACGAGCCAUCACGGCCACUCACAUGGUAGAGCGAAAGUGGCUCCCGUUCCGGAACCAUCCCAGGCGCGACAAAACACCAACGUGGUAGACGAUAUCGAAAUGGAUCUACAAGACAGUAGGAGGAAAGAAUUGAACAGUAUGCUGGAAAAGAAGCCCACCAGUAAACCGCUUAGUCCGGUAGCAUUUAUGGUAAUUUUGGGCGACGGUUUGCACAACAUUACCGAUGGACUGGCCAUUGGAGCAGCGUUCGCUUCCGAUCCGGUUACCGGAAUGGCCACAUCGCUGGCUAUCCUGUGCCACGAGUUACCCCACGAGCUGGGCGAUUUCGCGUUGCUAUUACAAACGGGAGUUAGUAUAAAGCGUGCCAUGUUUCUUAAUGUGGUAUCUUCAGUAUUAAGUUUUAUAGGUAUGUUAAUAGGACUGUUAGUGACCGGACUGCACGAGUCGGUCGUACGGUGGAUCUACGCAGGAACAGCUGGUACGUUCCUCUACAUCGCCCUAGCGGAUCUGAUUCCGGAAAUGAACCGGAACCUCCGCGAAACGGUUUCAGACGAACAGCGGUGCAAAAAAUUAAGGACCAUCUGGUCUCAGAUCUGUGGUAUUUUUCUGGGGGGAAUGAUUAUGCUGGCGAUCGCGCUCAACGAAGAUCACCUGCGACUGUUGUUUGAAUAGAUUAUUUUAUAAA